CCCGGGCGCGGGCGGCGCCAGGUGACCCCGAGGCAUCGGUGGUGGCCUCGCUCUGUAGCCACGCGAGGUCGUCCAGGUGUCCCAUCUCUCCACUCCCUGCCUGCCCACCCCUGAGCCCACAGCCUGGGCCCCCGCUCAUAGUCUUUUUAGACUUUGAGCCUUAGGCUUUGAGACCGCUUGCCAGGUUAACAUGCCCACCGUGAGGACCCUCCUGGGUGUCCGCGGUGUGUGCAGAGCCCUGACCCAAAAAUCGCAACUUAUGACUUACGUAAAAAACUGCUUGUGAACAGUGGGAGGGGCAUAACAACAAACUUUAUGGCACUUAAUGAAGUCCCUGUGUAAUGUUGAUUUCAUUCUUGCCUGCUCCACUAGCCUGGGUUUUUUUUCCACCUCCCAAGAGGCAGACUUUGUUGCAGGCCUUCUCAAUUGCUCCCAGGUCAGCCUUUCUGCAGGAACUCCUUAAAGUCUGUGGGGAAGGUGGUAUAGUUAGGGUCUGGAGGCGAGAACUUGGCAGGCUGUGCUCACAGGCUGACACUCGCAGCAUCACCGGCCGGGGGCAGGAGAAAUAGGAUCACAGGCUGCUCAGCUAAUGUGGGAGCCUGGUGGCUGAUGGUCUUUGACAGUGCAUAAUUGUUUGGGUUUUUUUUUUUUUUUUCCUGCGAGACACCAUUUUCUGCCCAGUUGGUAGCUGUUUGCACCCAUACCUUGGAUGACUCCCGCACUUUGCUUAAUGGGCUUUUCAAGCUUUACAAGUCCGGUCUGCAUUAUAAUAGCAAGAUCAACACAAAAAAGUAGCAACUAUAGAGGAUCCCGUGAGUGUUGUUUGUGCCCCAGUGUUUGUUCUGGUCAUCUCUGCCCUCAUUGGCUCAAAGCUGUCUUCACAUUUCUGCUGUUUAAAAAAAAAAAAAAAAAAGUGCAGUUUUGGAUUGCUAAGGAGUCACUUUCCCAGGUGCAGGAGGCCAGCCCUGAGUUGUCCCCAGAGGAGAGGAGAGUCUUGGAAAGGAAACUAAAGAAGGAACGGAAGAAGGAAGAGAAGAAGAGGCUGAGGGAGGCGGGCAUCGCUGCUACACAGACUGCCAAGGUUCAGACGCUGCCAGCCAAGCCCUCGGCUGCCACCCUGGCCCUGGAGUACCUCCAAGGGUGGGCUCAGAAGCAGGAGAGCUGGCGGUUCCAGAAGACAAGGCAGACGUGGCUCCUGCUGCACAUGUAUGAUGAGGACAAGGUUCCUGACGAGCACUUUCCUACCCUGCUGGACUACCUGGAGGGACUGCGGGGCAGUGCCCGGGAGCUCACAGUCCAGAAGGCAGAGGCCCUGAUGCAGAAGCUCGAUGAGGCUGAGCCCGAGGACAGCGGCGGGUCUCCGGGGAAGGUGCAGCGCCUCCGCCAGGUGCUGCAGCUGCUCUCCUAGUGGGCCCUGAGGACUCACUGGCUACCUCCUCCCAGAGCUGUGGGAGCACACGGGUCCCCAGCAGGUCAUCUGGCUGGAGUCCUGAGAAGAACCCUUCAUCCCCUCCCUAUACACUGUAACAGUUUGUAGUGCCUUGGGAGUUGAACAUGGCGUCCCUGAAACAGCUCCGAAGUGCCACUCCCACACGAGUGGCCCUACAGUGACUGUAAACAGAGUCUACUUUUUCUACCAAGAAUAUCUUAGACACUGGCCCAAGCUGGCUUUCCCCAUCAGCUGGGAUUCCCUGGGGUGUGUGGGGGGGGGGCUCCUACAUAUUUGAUCUGGGGGCCAUUGCAGUACAGCCUGAAUGCAGCUUACCGGUCUGUAGGGAGAGCCUGUAUUGAGGACCCUGGGCCAGUGUGGCAGCUGCCCACGAGCUGGUCAAAGCUGCUGCUCCAUGAUCCACUCGUUUCAACAACAACCCCAUGCCGUUCCUAGUCUCAGCAGCUGGGCCCGGUUCCUUGUCAUUGCACCUCUUGGCCAGCUCGUUGGAAACAGAAGGACUAAGCGUUUGUAUCUGGACCCAUGUCGCCAUCAAAACGCAGGCCCCACUCCCAUUGAGUGACUUUUCCUUCAGACCAUAAAGAAUCACCCAUAGAUGCCACAUAGGGAGGCUGCUGACAGGCUCAGAGAGGACUUUGUGCAAGUCGAGCUCACUGAGCAGAGGGGUCGUUAGGGUCUGCAGAUGGGAGCCAUGGCGUGUCCGCCUUCUGCUUCUUGAACUCCCCCUCAGCCCCCUGCACCAGAGUCACUUUUAUACACCCAGGUAUGGAGGUAUAUAAAGGAGGUUUACAGAUAAGUAUAUCCCAAGAAAUCUAUUUUAAAGUGAUUCUGAAUACAAAUAAUUUUCCAUGUAUUAAAGAUAAAGGCAAGUUUGCGUA